UUAAAAACUGACAGGUGCUAGAUGCAUAGAUGCGGUGGUGGAACACCAGCCAGCCAGCUGUCAUUAAUGUCACACUGUUCUGUCGGUGUUUGCUUGCUGUCGUUGUAACGUGGUAGCCUAUAAUUACAUACGUACUUCUACCUACGAAGAAUCUACCGGUUAACUCAAAAAUGGAUACCUCAAUGACUGGCAACCAGAUAAGAAAAGCCUUUAUUGAUUUCUUCAUCAGUAAGGGCCAUAAGUAUGUUCAUUCUUCUUCAACAAUACCUUUGGACGAUCCGACGCUGUUGUUUACUAAUGCAGGGAUGAACCAAUUUAAACCUAUAUUUUUAGGUUCAGUUGAUCCUAAUUCUGAUAUGGCUCAGUAUGUGCGAGUUGUUAACACUCAGAAAUGCAUUAGAGCUGGAGGUAAACACAAUGAUCUAGACGACGUAGGCAAAGAUGUUUACCACCAUACAUUUUUUGAAAUGAUGGGUAACUGGUCUUUUGGUGAUUAUUUUAAAAAAGAAAUCUGUGCAUGGGCCUGGGAACUUCUAACUGAGGUUUAUAAAUUACCGGGCGAUCGGCUCUAUGUCACGUAUUUUGGAGGAGACUCUUCUUCGGGACUUGAACCAGACCUAGAAUGUAAAGAAAUAUGGCUAAAAUUAGGUGUUCCUGAAAGUCACAUUUUGCCUGGGAGCAUGAAAGACAACUUUUGGGAAAUGGGCGAAACAGGUCCAUGCGGCCCUUGCUCGGAAUUGCAUUAUGAUCGCAUUGGAGGACGUGAUGCCGCUCAUCUCGUUAAUAUGGAUGACCCAGAUGUAUUGGAAAUCUGGAAUUUGGUGUUCAUUCAAUUUAACAGAGAAACAGAUGGGUCAUUAAAACUUCUGCCCAAAAAACAUAUUGACUGUGGUUUGGGUCUCGAAAGACUCGUGUCAGUGAUACAAAAUAAGAGGGCGAAUUAUGACACCGAUUUCUUUAUGCCAAUAUUUAAAGCAAUUGAAGUAGGCACGGGUGCAAGGCCUUAUUCUGGAAAAGUUGGAUCUGAUGAUGUCGAUGGGAUUGAUAUGGCAUAUCGCGUUUUGGCCGAUCAUGCUAGAACAUUAACCAUUGCCUUAUCAGAUGGAGGUGUUCCAGAUAACACUGGUAGAGGUUACGUUCUCCGAAGGAUAUUAAGAAGAGCUGUACGUUAUGCAUCCGAAAAACUUAAUGCUAAACCUGGCUUCUUUGGCUCAUUGGUUCAUACUGUUGUUGAGUUGUUAGGAGACAUUUUCCCGGAAAUUACUAAAGAUCCUUUGUCGCUCAUCCAACUUAUAAAUGAAGAGGAAAUUCAAUUCUUAAAAACACUAUCACGCGGAAGAAAUUUACUCAACAGAACAAUUGAAAAACUAAAUGGUAAAGUUAUACCUGGAGAUGUUGCCUGGCGUCUAUAUGAUACAUAUGGUUUUCCAGUUGAUCUAACACAAUUAAUGUGUGAAGAAAACGGACUUACGAUAGACAUGGAUGCUUAUGAAAAAUCUAAAAAGGAAUCACAACUUAUAUCGCAAGGAAAAGUUGCAGGUCAAGAAGAUUUAUUAGCUCUAGAUGUACAUGCCAUAAGUCAUUUGCAGGAAGUCGGUAUCCCUACAACAGAUGAUUCUCCUAAAUAUAAUUAUGUGGCAUCAUCAACGGAGAAAGAAACCGUUUACACCUUCUCUCCUUGUACUGGAACUAUCGUAGCUUUGCGAAAAGAUAAACAAUUCGUAAACGAAGUUUCUUCCGGUCAAGAAUGUGGAGUUAUACUUGACAGAACAAAUUUUUAUGCUGAGCAAGGUGGACAAAUUUAUGAUGAGGGGUAUAUGGUAAAGGUUGAUGAUGACAGUGUUGAAUUCAUGGUGAAAAACGUGCAAGUUAAGGGGGGAUAUGUAUUACAUGUUGGAAAACUGGAAGGCUCGCUCAAAAUUGGGGAUAAGUUAUCGUUACACAUUGAUACUGAAAGACGGAGACUAGUUAUGAACAACCACACAGGAACUCAUGUUCUAAACAAUGUACUCAGAAAAGUUCUCGGAAAUGAUUCUGAUCAACGCGGUUCACUUGUUAUGCCAGACAGACUUAGGUUUGAUUUCACCAACAAGGGUCCGAUGUCCAUCAAACAAAUAAAAGAAACUGAAGAUCAGAUCAAAGACAUCAUAAAUAAAAAUAAACCUGUUUACGCUAAACAUACUAGCCUGAACGACGCUAAAAAAAUUAAAGGUUUGAGAGCUAUGUUUGAUGAGCAAUACCCAGAUCCAGUCCGUGUUGUAUCUGUUGGUGUUCCAGUUGAGGAAUUGGAAAAAAAUCCAGAAGGCCCAGCUGCUUAUGAAACGUCUGUGGAAUUUUGUGGGGGGUCUCAUUUACAUCAAACAGGUCAUAUUGGAGAUUAUGUUAUUGUGAGUGAAGAAGGUAUUGCAAAAGGAAUUCGAAGGAUUGUUGCUUUAACUGGCCCAGAGGCCAUGAAAGCUAUUAGUAAAUCUAGCAUCCUAGAAAAUGAGGCAAACAAUAUUGCCAAUUUCAUUAAAGAUCAGAAUGACAUCGUAAAUCAGAAGGAAAUACUCAGAAAAAUUGUCGAUCUUACAAACGACAUAUCUCAAGCUCAGAUAUCUUAUUGGAAAAAAGAAGAACUAAGAACCAUGCUUAAAAACCUGAAGAAACAACUUGAUGAUAAAGAGAGAGCUGCAAAAGCAGUGACAAUUACCCAGGUCGCAGAAAAAGCAAAAGAAAUAUGUGAAGAAAAGAAAGGAAGCCAAGUGAUUGUUUCAGAGUUGAAAGCGUUUGGUAAUACUAAAGCUUUAGAUGGUGCCUUAAAACAAGUGAAGACAUUAUCUCCAACCACAGCAGCAAUGUUCUUUUCUGUGGAUGAUGAAACCAAGAAGAUAUUUUGUCUUGCUGCAGUGCCUAAAAAUGCAAUUGAAAAGGGUUUAUUGGCUUCGGAAUGGAUUCAGUCUGUUGUGCCAGUUAUUGGUGGGAAGGGAGGUGGCAAACCGGAAUCUGGUCAGGCAUCAGGAAGUAACUAUACCAGUCUGAAUGAAGCACUAAGAGUUGCUGAGGAAUUUGCUAAUUUAAAACUGAGUUAAAAAUUUGCUUUUAUUAUUAUUACUCAUCUCUAACACAUUCUUGUUGCUUAAUAAAACACUAUUUAUUAUUAUAAUAAUAAAUAAACUUUACUAAUUUCA